AUGUCUAAACGCCAGUUGUGUCAAAUAAAUGCGAAACAGCUACUAGGUUGUUUGUUCGCUGAGUCGAUAAAGCCACAACAAAUACAGAUCAAUUUACUAAGGAAUACAAGUUUCGAAAGUAGUCGAGGUGGAAUUAUGAUCAUGAGAAAUGGGAUGGUAAAAUGUGACGUAUAUCCUCGAAAAUUGCAACUGGGGUCAAAUCAACUCAUGGAUUGUGUAGAUUGUUUAUGUUCAAAUAGCGAAAUUGAUAAUUUUGUUUUCCGGUUUUUGAGUAGAAAUUGGUGUCAUCAUCGUAAAUACAGUGGCUGGGGUGUCAUGAUCAAACGCCCUGUCAAAUGUAUUUUCGCUGAAGUCAUGUGCUUAUCAAGAAUACCAUCAUUAUUGGCACAGAUAAGCAUAAAUGAAUGGGGAGAUGCAAAUCCCAUACUUUUACUGAAUGUGGUUAUCGGAGAGCCUGUUGUUCUUUCAAUUGACUACGUUGUUGCUGCCUCUACUGGAAUAUUGGUUCAACUGUUUCGCAGAUGCCUCAAUGUUCUUUUGAUGCGCAGUAAAGUGGCAGAUUUAUUUGUAAUUACUCGUCAUUCAGAUACGUGGUGUGUUUGGCUGGACGUGGAUUCCUCUGAACCUUCAAGGCAAUGGUGUUUGACUGCUGAAUGGAAGAUAAAACUGUGGAAGUUCGGCGUUCUUCAUUCCAUUUCUUCAGUGCCACAACAGGUAGGCAUAUAUAAUUUUACUUUGUGUGCGGUCCGCGAAGCUGCAUUUGUGGCACUUUUUGUGUCAAGUUGUGAAUUUAAAAUACACAAGGACAAAUUUCGUUUCAAAAAUGACAGCACAUCCCAAAUCUACAUUGACACAUAUUUAAAUGUUUUGAUGAAUCUAAUCGGUGUUGACAAAUGGUUUUCAUUUGGAGCUAUACGAUUACCAUACGAAUUCGGACAUAGUUGUCAGAAACAAAGAAGUGUACAUGUCUCUUAA